CCGGAGUCGCUGCGGGGUUCGGCGAGGACGCCCCCUCUGCGGGACCCCUCCGCGGUGCGGGUCCCACUGGAGGGGCGGCACGGCCGGAGUAAACAAGGCAAGGAGGGAGUGGUGCCGACAGCAGUGGGGGGGCUCCAGCCAUGGAGCAGUGCCAGGAGAGUGCCUGAGGCUGCUGGAAGGAGCAGGAGGGGGUGAAGAACAUGGAGCCCCCCAACAGCAGCAUGGCCAGGCAGGCAGACUCGUGCUUCGGGGUGUUCAAUGCCAGCGAUGGCCGUGCCAGUGCACAGAACAGCAUUGCCUCACCCUGGUUCUCCACUGCGUUUGGCCUCAUCGGUCUCUGUUCCAACCUCUUUGCCCUCUGCGUCCUGGUCAGCUCCUCCCGCAAGCUCUCCAGCCAGGCCCGCUCCUCCUUCCUCAUCUUCCUCUGUGGGCUGGUGGUCACAGACUUCAUGGGGCUGCUGGUGACAGCCUCGGUCAUCAUCCCCUACCACUUCACCAAGUUCUCCUGGGCCAAGGUGGACCCUAGCUGCCACCUCUGCAACUUCCUCGGCUUCUCCAUGGUCUUCUUCGGGCAGUGUCCGCUGCUGCUGGGGGCCACCAUGGCCGGGGAGAGGUUCUUGGGCAUCAACCGCCCCUUCUCUCGCUCCACCAGCCUCUCCAAGCGCCGCGCCUGGGCCAUCGUGGGGCUGGUGUGGGGCUUCUCCUGCUUGCUGGGACUGCUGCCAGUGUUUGGGCUGGGGCAGUACACACUGCAGUUCCCCGGCUCCUGGUGCUUCCUCACCCUCCUGCCUGACACUGGCGACAUCAUCUUCUGCCUGCUCUUUGCACUGCUGGGCAUCCUCUCCGUGCUGCUCUCCUUCGUCCUCAACACCAUCAGUGUGGUCACGCUGUGUCGUGUCUACCACGACCGUGAGUCGGUGCAGCGGCGCCGUGACAGCGAGGUGGAGAUGAUGGUGCAGCUCGUGGGCAUCAUGAUUAUUGCCACCAUCUGCUGGAUGCCCCUCCUGAUCUUUAUUGUCCAGACAGUCCUGCAGCACCUGCCUGGCCAGGUAUGGGUUCUGCCCAGGGACACGCAGGAGAUGCUGCUGAUCUACAUCCGCAUGGUCACUUGGAACCAGAUCCUGGACCCCUGGGUGUACAUCCUGUUCCGCCGGGCUGUGCUGCAGCGUGUGUACCCCCGGCUGCACCCCCGGCCCUCCAUUGUCUCCCUCAGCCCCUCCUUGCCCCACAAGCUCACCACUGGCUCCGUUCUGCAGUAGCAGCACUGGGGACGGGCACUGGGCAGGGGAACACAGCCAUACCCCAUCCCACCCCUGCAGUGGAUCCUCAUCACCUGCAUCCAGGGGCUUUCCCCCCCUGCAAUCCCAAUACCCAAGGGUCUGUCGGGGGGCACAGGGCUGCUUCCCCCUCCCUGUCCCCAAUAAAGCACAGCU